GGGCGCAGGGCGGGCUUAGCCGGGAGAAGCUGAGGGGGCGGUAGCGGCGGCGGGGGCGACUCCCGCGCGUGUGCUCAGCUCCUCACGCCGCGGCCGGAGCCGCCUUCUUCCUCCUUCGCUCCCUCCCUUCCGCCCCCGAGUGCGGCGGCACCGCCUCCUUCCGCGCCGCGCGGCUUCCUCCAGACCUCUUGGCGCGGGUGAGCCCUAUUCCCAAAGGCAGGUGGUGCUGACCCUGUAACCCAAAAGAGGAAAUUGAAGGCUGGUGGCCACCAUGUCCUUGAAGAUCCAGACAAGCAACGUAACCAACAAGAAUGACCCCAAGUCUAUCAAUUCUCGAGUCUUCAUUGGAAACCUCAACACAGCUGUGGUGAAGAAGUCAGAUGUAGAGACCAUCUUCUCCAAGUAUGGCCGUGUAGCCGGCUGUUCUGUGCACAAAGGUUAUGCCUUUGUCCAGUAUGCCAACGAGCGUCAUGCCCGGGCAGCUGUGCUGGGAGAGAAUGGGCGGGUGCUGGCCGGGCAGACCCUGGAUAUCAACAUGGCUGGAGAGCCCAAGCCCAACAGACCCAAGGGACUAAAGAGAGCAGCAUCUGCCAUAUACAGUGGCUACAGCUUUGACUAUGAUUACUACCGGGACGACUUCUACGACAGGCUCUUCGACUAUCGGGGCCGCCUGUCACCUGUGCCAGUGCCCAGGGCAGUCCCUGUGAAGCGACCCCGGGUCACAGUCCCCUUGGUCCGGCGUGUCAAAACCACCAUACCUGUCAAGCUCUUUGCCCGCUCCACAGCCAUUACCACCAGCUCAGCCAAGAUCAAGUUAAAGAGCAGUGAACUGCAGACCAUCAAGACAGAGCUGACGCAGAUCAAGUCCAACAUCGAUGCUCUGCUGGGCCGCUUGGAGCAGAUUGCCGAGGAGCAGAAGGCCAACCCAGAUGGCAAGAAGAAGGGUGACAGCGGCAGUGCCAGUGCCAGUGCCAGUGCCAGUGCCAGUGGUGGGGGCAGUAGUGGUGGCAGCAGCCGGCCACCAGCCCCCCAAGAGGACACGGCUUCUGAGGCAGGCACGCCCCAGGGAGAAGCACAGGCUCGAGACGACGGCGAUGAGGAGGGGCUGCUGACACACAGCGAGGAAGAGCUGCCUGACAGGAGCAACGGCCAGCAGCAGGAGAAGGGCGUGUACUGUAUCAGGCCUCAUGUUGGGCACCCACCCCUGGAUACCACCCCCAGCGGGUCCCAGGAGAGCUGGCAGCAGGCACCUCCUCCCCCACACGUCCCAGCCACUGCCACAUCCUCUGCAGGUGCAGUUAUCGGCCUCCCCUCCCCACGCACCCUCCCUGUUGGCACCGCCCAGGCCAGAGGACAGAGGUUUCCCUAUACUCUACCUCCCCUCCCAGGACACUCCCAGGCUUGGGGUUUUUCUAUAGGUUUGGAGAGGGGAGGGUCACGGGGAGGGUACCCUGACAAUAAAGAGAUUGGAUCCCAACUUGCUCUGAGAUGGGAUGGUUUGUAUUUAUUUUCUUAAGGUACCCUAGUCCUCCUGCCCAGCCAGAGUCUGGUCUAGUCUGCUUCAUGCCAAGAGUCUAGUCUGGUUUGCUUUACCCUGUUCUUUUUCCUCUUUCACUUCUCCCGGUUAGGGAGCAUUGUCUCGGGUGCAUACUGCUGGGCUGUCUAGGCCUUAGUUUCCACAGCUAAAAUGGAAAUAGAAAUGGCCAGUAGGGUUCUUGGGGGAGGGUCAGAUGUCCCAGUGCCCAAGAGAAUACUUUGGUGGCUGAAGUGCCAAGCAAUUAUGAGCUACUUGGUUAGGCAGUGGUAGGUUCAGGUCUUAGCUUCUCAUUUAGUCUGGUCUUUCCCAGCUUUAAGAUGAUUCUGGAAACUGCCUUGUCCUCUCUUCUCUGUCUUGUCCUCUCUUCUCUGUCCUAGUUUAGGAUGCUGUGUUUUUUCACUUAGGCUCUGUCCUCUCACCAGCUUCCCAGUCUCUGGCUUCUCCCUGCCCCAUUUCCCAUUAGCCACUAUGGUGCUUUUUCUGAGUCAUGUCCCUUCCCUGUAAAACCCUUACCUGACAGCUCACCGUUGGGACAAAACUCCCAACUCCUGUACAUGAUCCUGUAUACUUUGGCCUCUCCUGUCUUUUGUCACCUGCCCCACAUAAAACAAAUCCUUCCCUCUCAUAGGCAGCAAGUCAUAGAGCCUCACUCCCAUUAACCUCAAGCAUUAGGAAGUUGGCAUCAGGAUACCUGUGGCUUCCCUGUACCUAUUCUGGGCUGCCUGUCUAGAUGUUUGCUUUGUUCUCUGACAACUGACAGUGUUCGUUCAAAUUUCCUCUUCUGUCCUAAUUUUACUCCACAAGUUGACGAAUUUCCCUGCGUUCAAAUUCCUAGGAGAGGAUCACCUGCCACAGCGGAUCUUUUUGAUUCACUCAUAGGUUAUAUAAGUACCCUCCCCAGUCCUGUGAACCUGGUGACAAAGGUGUGGUCAGUUAGUCUGGUCUCUCUGGUGUGGGGCUUUGGUGGGCAGACACCCAGAAACGUGCUUUGCUCCUGGUCUGGCACGUACUCUUGCUCCUUUCUCCAUCUGAGAGAUACCCACUCAUUAUUAAGCUGCUGUUCCAGUGUCAGGCACCUCUGAGAAGUCUUUCUUCUCAGCUUACUGCUCUUCAAAAAUUGUUCAUUCUCUCUUCUAGACAAACUUUCCCAACACCGAGAAUUCGGUCCCAUCAGAAAGGGGUUUGGGCUCUCCAGUCGUCUUUGCAUGUUCCUCAGAGUGUCAGGCCUGCUGGAAUUCUUGUUGAAAAUCCCAUUUCAGACCAACUGUUCUACAACAGUCUCCAUCAAACUUUCCCCAGACUUUGGCCCCAGGUUUUGGUGGAGGCUAGAGGCUGGGCUCGAGACAGUGCUCAAGCUAGGCCACCCUGGGUGUGGAAUCACCCAGGAAAGUUUUUGUUGUCUCGUGUCUCCCUCCCUGGGCAGCCCCUCCUGCCUGUCAUUGGCUGGCUAGCAGUCUGAAGCCUGAGUGUGGCUCUGCAUUCCCAAGCUGUGCAGGGGCCUGAUUAACCCACCCUUGAAGCAGCCCAAGUUCUGGACCCACAGCUGAGCCAAAUGCCCCCAUCCUCGCUUAGCCAUUGCCUCAUAACGUGAUGUGGAGCAAAGUUUCUGCCUUUUUGGCGCUUCAGCUCCACAAGUGGGCUCACAGUCCCCAUAUGUGUGCCUGUCAGGGACCCUGGGCAGCAGGGGGAGAGAGGGUAGAGGCUGAGGCCUUAGUGGACUUAACACUGAGGGCUGGCACCAUGUUCCUGAGUCUCCAGAGCCUAGUGCUCUGUGCCCCUUGCACUGUAAUAACAUUUUCGGAUUCUAUAUGGCCAUACUCAAUAGUGACUGAGGCACUCACUUUUCAGGUUUGGGGUCAGGUAGAAUAGGAGGGGCUGUGAGCUUCUGUAGUAUGCUAGGCAGAAGAGCAGGGAAAAUCCCUUCCAGGGCAGGAAAUGUCUGCCCUACAAGGAGGCCCUGCCUAAUCACCCUAGCACCAGGACGUCCUGGACAGAUGGAGAUCCCCAUCCUGGCAUCCCACAAAAGGCCCUAAACUACUUAGCCCCUGGGAAGAUUUGAGUGGGAAAUUCACAUCCACAAAACCCUACUGCAUACAUCUGCCCAGUCCUCUCUCAUUCCGUUUCUCAUCGGUUUUCAUUUAUCUGUUCAACCUCUGAAAACCAAAAGGAGAUGAUGAAGAAAUAGGAUACCAGAUUCUACCCAAAGGGCUAUGAUUCCAUAGAUAUUUUGAAGAUCUGAAGCCUCAUUUGUGAUCCUGGCAGCUGUUGAAGGAAUUAUCACAACCAGUGGUUUUACUGGCUUUCCUCCUUGUACUGCUGCCAAUAAAGUUUGUGAUGCAGGGCGAGUCUUAUUCCUUGCUAGGUCUCCCGUUUCCUCAUCUGUGCAAGGGGUUGGCCUAGAUCAGGGAUAGUAAAUGGGCCUCUUAUCAUCAGUUAACUUUUAUAGCAAGCCCAAAGUGUAGUACUUUUAAUAAACAUUUAUUACCUUCUGA